AACAACAAUGGCGUCCUCCACGACGGGAGACGGCGUGAGGGAAGCCCAAACGGGGAACAAAUCGAAAAAGACUAAACCCCAAGUGGAUGAAUCUGACCUCCUGACUGUUCCUGAUGGAUGGAAAGAGGCGGCUUUCACCAAAGACGACAACCCGCGGGGUCUGAUGGAGGAGAGCAGCUUCGCUACCCUCUUCCCCAAAUACAGAGAAGUCUACCUGAAAGAGUGCUGGCCGCUUGUGGAGAAGGCCUUAGGAGAUGUGCACAUCAAAGCCACCCUGGACCUGAUCGAGGGAAGCAUCACAGUUUGCACCACGAAGAAGACUUUCGACCCGUACGCCAUCGUGAGGGCCAGAGAUCUCAUCAAGCUGCUGGCCAGGAGUGUCCCAUUCGAUCAGGUAACACGCGGAGGACACUGCUGUCGUGUCGGGACGUCGUCGGCCUUGUGGCGCGUGCCACCUGGAGAUUCGGCUUCCCGAAGGUUGCUCCUUGGGCUUUUAGAAAACAAGCGGCAUGCAAAUGUAUUUGGUUGUUUAUCCUCCCUGUUCGUACUGUUUCUCGCUUCCAGGCUGUGCGGAUAUUACAGGAUGAUAUGGCGUGUGACAUCAUCAAAAUCGGGACCCUGGUGAGGAACCGGGAGCGGUUUGUGAAGCGAAGACAGCGGCUGAUUGGCCCCAAGGGCUCCACCCUAAAAGCAUUAGAGUUAUUGACCAACUGCUAUGUGAUGGUGCAGGGCAACACGGUGUCGGCCCUGGGGCCUUUCAAUGGCCUGAAGGAGGUACGCAAAGUGGUGAUGGACACGAUGAGGAACAUCCAUCCCAUCUACAACAUUAAGACCCUGAUGAUCAAACAGGAGCUGUCCAAAGACCCCGACCUGCGGCUGCAGAGCUGGGAGCGCUUCCUGCCCACGUUCCGCCACAAGAACCUGGCCAAGCGCAAGGAGCCCAAGAAGAAGAGCACGAAGAAGGCGUACACGCCGUUCCCUCCGUCGCAGCCGGAGAGCACGGUCGACAAGGAGCUGGCCACGGGAGAGUUCUUCCUGCGUGAAAGUGUGAAAAAGAGGAAGAAGUUGGACUUGAUCAAGGUGAAACAAGCAGAAGCUCUGACCAAGAAGCAGGAAGAGCGGAACAAAGCGUUCAUCCCUCCGAAAGAGAAGCCUCUAAUGAAGAAAACCAACAAAGCUCCUGCAGAGGGCAAGCUGGACAUCGAGGCCAUCAAGGAGAAAGUGAAAAAAGCAAAGACCAAGAAACUGGGCGCUCCUCCGCUGAAGCCAGCGCCCCCCGCCAGCAGCACCACGGGCAAAAAGAAGAAGAGAAAAGGCUAAGCACAGACUCGCUCCGUGGUAGCCGUGGUAGCCGUGGUAUUUGUGUGGCGGUCCCGUUGGCCAGAUGAAGGACUCUGUCAGGACGCGGGGAGGUGCAGCUUCUCACGUGCACUGUGUGUUUGAUCUAAAGGAACUCCCAUCUCAAACAGUCAAGGAGGUGUUUAUUGAACCAGUGAGUGAUGUCAUACAUUGCCCUCUUGUCUCUCUCUCCCUUCCACGAACCGUGGUCCAGUCUGAACGGUCCGUGUUUAUAGGUUUUUCAAAGUAUGGAAAUGUGAAAUUAAAGGCAGAUUUUUUAUU